AUAAUCACUCCGGGGAAAAAAAAUCCCUGUGAGACUGUUUUCAUCUCUUCUCUUCGUCAAAAUGGCGGACGAAGGAAGUUCAAGCUCUUUUGUUGCCACAUUUGACAAACUGAUUUGUGAAGAGGACUCCGGCACAGAGGAGAACCCUCUCUACUCAAGCCAAGCCAAACAGCAAGUGUCCAUGUCCAUGCAGAGGCAUGAAUCCAGUCAGAAUCCUUACAGGCUGCUCCCAGUGAUCCUGGCAGUGAUGGCUGUCAUUCUUCUGGCCAUUAACAUUGGCCUGGGAGUCUAUUACAACCAACUCACUGGUGGGCAGCAAACAAUAAAAGACAUCCACAGUGAGGUGGCCAAACUGCAGGCUGGCUACAAUGCUGUGAUCCUAAAAAGGAUCGAUGCCAAGAAGCAGCUGGACAGAGAACUGGGUGAGCAGCAGCGACUCCAGUGGGAGCUUGAACAUCACACGAAAAGAUCCAAAGACUACGAGAAGCAGAUUCACAGAAUUGAAGAUGAAAUCUCAAAGUUGAAAUCCCUCAUACCACUACUCAGCAUGAGUUGCAGACACUGUAACCCGGGAUGGAUGUUCCUACACCUUAGGUGUUACUACUUAACUUUCUAUGACCUCCCUAAACAAAGACGGUGGAAAGACGCCAGACAGUUCUGCCAGAAGUUGGGAGGCGACUUGGCAGUGAUAGACACCCCAGAAAAAACCGUGUCUAUAACUGAAUUGAUAAAAAGUCAUCAUGAUCCCGAGAGAUCAAUAUACCAGGGUGCCUACUGGAUUGGACUGAGCGAUGUAGAUCAGGAAAACACUUGGAAAUGGCCGGAUGGAAGAAUACUGACUGAGUCAUACUGGAACGACGGCGAGCCCAACAAUAAUAACGAUGAGGAUUGUGGAGCUACGUAUCCCAGGAACAACCCCUUUAAGGCCUGGAACGAUGCUCCAUGCAAUAUGUACAUGAAAUGGAUUUGUGAAAUGGAACCACAUGACAUAAGUUAAUGUAACUUUUUUUCAAGGUUUAAUUCAAGUGUUAUUGUUUGAAAGAACAACUAACUGUACCUUAAAGACCUUCACACAUUUUCCAAAUAGUUCCUUUUAUUGUCGCGUCAAUAUUUUGUUGAGAAUACAAAAUAGCAAGAAAGGUUUUGAAAUACACACCUGAGUUAAGAAAUGAACUUUAAAAUGUAAGAAACUUAUUUUACUUUAAUGAAUAAAAUCUUUACUUUUUCUAUGUACAUGUGUGUUACCACUAUACACAUCUGGGCCCAAGUUUAAAAGUUUAUCAGGACAAUAUCCUCCCACAUGUCAUAUGACGUUCUUGCAGAGCGGCAUGUAGAGAGUUAUCUAACAGUAAGUUCUUAAAUUAAUGUGUAAAUGCCACAGACAUGAUAAAAACCACAUUGUUUUAAUUUACACUCCACAGCAGUAUUCAAGCUCCGUAUCAGUAAUAAUCUCCAAUCAUACUAACACACCUAAAACAAACGCUAGUGACCAGUUAUUGAUAGAGGAUUUCUUUUCUCGGACUGAUGAGGAUGAGUUGGAACUGUUACUGAACGUGAGUGUUUUGUAAUGUUUGGUCUUCAUCCCUGGUAGUUCAGUUGCGUCAUCAUUUCUAAAUGUCUCCAUUUUUUCCCGUCUUUACUGCAACGCAGGAGUUUUCAAAGUAAAACAUAGCCAGCAUUGUUUCAAACUUCUCUGUUUUAGGGGCCUUAAAAACCUUUGGAGCGGUAUGGAUGUGAGACGUAAAUGUAGUAGUGUGGAAGUAGCCUUGGUAAUAACUGGACUGAAUGGAGGUCGACAGUUCAGGUCUAGCAAUUCUUUAAAUGUCUGUGAUCGUUCCUCUUCACACUCUUCACAGCCCCCCACAAGGACUUCCUGAGAUGUAGAGAACUACCACUGACCAGGACGUCUGUACGUAUGAACAGAUUGUGGAUCAAACGAUCAAACGUGACAAAAAUGCCCUACUGUUUCCAACGGGAACUACACUCUAGCAUAGGUAAAACUUACAAACUGGCAAUUUGGUCUGUAUGUACCAUUUAAUAAAUAAACAAAGGCUAAUGGUCAUUUGUUGA